AUGGAGAGAGACAUCGGAAUGGAGAGAGACAUCGGAAUGGAGCCCUAUUCAUAUUUGGAGAUGGUCACAGGGGCAUGGAGUCAGGUUCCACAAAGCUGAUAGCAUUUUGGCUGAGUAAAUAGUCACAAGGCUGAACUUGCUGUAGUCCGUGUACAGAGGACUCUAAGAGGGAAUAGGGGAUUGUUCCUCUCAUCACACACACAGCCUUUACUAUCAUCCUCCACAGACUCCUAAAGCAUUCCCAGCAGCACCCUUUUCUGGACACCUGUGGCUUGCUUUUAGAAAGGGGUCCCAUCCCCAAAUCUAAUGGGACAGACAGACUCCAUCUGGCCUGCACGCUCUCUCUCCCUCUCUCUGUAACCCCCUGCUGCUACCCAUCCCAGCCCAGACGCUAACUCCUCCACACUGCAUACUCCUUGUAAAUGAAAUGGCACCAUGGUACCAUGACCUCCCUCCAUCCUUGUAUCCCUUCCUCCCUUCCCUCCCUUCCUUCUCCACCAUUUCUCCAUUCCAUUUCUGCACAAUGUGCUCCUGUAGAUUACAACAUGUAUUGGGACUUUAAUCGCUCUGGUGGCUGCACUAACCAGGAGUGAAUCUAUCACCAACUCUCUCAUUUGUCUGUGUUUGAGCAUGACACUGAGCCGCAGCCAAGCCUGUGCUAAUCUAAAGCUAGCCACACACACAGCGCCAGGGAACCUAGCUAGCUGUGGCAAGCUAACACACACACCACACUGACUUUGGUGGAUGGUGGAGCCGCAAUUGAAAUCUCUCAGCCACAGGUUAAAACUCUUAGUCUCGCUUAGCAGAGCCAGACGAACAGGUUUUGUUUUUGUGUCAGUCACAGAGGAGCAUGGAGGAGAGAAGAGGUAUUUCUAGCAUGCUGCACUCUCUCCAGGUGUCCCUCAAUGCUCCUCUGUGACUGACAGCUCAUGGCACAGACUGCAUUUCCAUAGCUAUCUCUCUGCACCAUGUCCCUAAAAGCAUUAAAAGCCUCUGUGCCUGUCUGCCACUCCUCUUAACUGUAACUAUAUGAAGAUGAGUUCAGAAGUAAGAGAAAAAAACUAAGUGUCCGCCCUGAGAUUGGAAGGUUGGGAGUUUGAUCCCCGGCCGAGUCGUACCAAAGACUGUAAAAAGUAUUUGCUUUUUGCUUGACACUCAGCAUUAAGAAGAUCGAUUGGGAGUAAGGCCUUGCAAUAGACUAGCGUCCUGUCCAGGGGGUGUACUGCCUCACGCUACAGAAACAGGAGAUAAGCGUCAUGCUUCCACCUGUCACCAGAGGGCGGCAGAGACCUGUCAUGGUUCCACUUGUCACCAGAGGGCAGCAGAGACCGCCCUAGAGACUAUUAUGACACUCAUGUGUUUUCUAUUACUAAUUAUGAUUCCCUUUUAAGAGAGGUGUGUUUUCUGUUACCCUUUGUAGAUGCUUGAUUCGUUUGCCAUGUAUGUUUGUCUACCGAGUACGUUUUCGAGUCCUAGUGUUUGUUGUUUUCCCAGUUUUACUUUUACCUACUGUUUAACUUUUUCCCAGUAAAGUAUUUAUGUUUAUUCUAAACCACUGGUUUCUCAUCUGGUUCUCUUCUCUGCUCCUGGGUCCUACCUCAUCAUGUCACAGCAAGCUUCUGCCUCCAGCAUGGACCCAGCAGAGAUCAACCAGAUCAAGAAUGUUAUAACCCACCAAGGAGCACUGCUGGGGCGGCAGCAAGAACAACUCUCCCAAAUAUCAGAGACUCUCCGGGCACUUACCGACUCCCUCCAACCACUGCACACCCCCAACCCAGGAGGAGCCACUGCCCAAGUCCCAGUGCUCCAGACAUCGCCGUAGAUGCCCCAGGGAACCUGCACCGGGAACCCAAGAUCCCAGCCCCCGAACAGUAUGAUGGCCACCCGGCAAGAUGCAAGGGGUUCCUCACUCAGUGCUCUCUGGUGUUCGAGCUACAGCCCUCCUCGUUCCACACCGAUCGGGCCAAGAUCGCCUAUAUCCUCUCUCUACUCUCGGGCAAAGCCCUGGUGUGGGCAACGAUGGUGUGGGAACAGCAGCCACCAUCCUGCAGCUCCAUAGCAUUUCUUUACACCCACAAUAACAUCUGCUAAAUAUGUGUAUGUGACCAAUAAAAUUUGAUUUGCUAACAGCCUUCACUUCCAAGUUGCGACGAGUCUUCGACCACCCAGUCGGCGGACGAGAAGACCAGUGGCCGACUUCGCCAUUGAGAUCUGCACCCUCGCCGUCGAGAGUGGGUGGAAUAGUGAGGCACUGGUCACCGCCUUCCACCGGGGUCUGUCUAACUCUAUCAAAUAUGAACUGGCCUCUCGGAAACUGGGAGAGGACCUUGAGUCCCUGAUAACGCUGGAAAUCCAAGAUCGACAACCGCAUCCGAGAACAAGUGAGACAGCACCCCUUUGACAGCAUCCCAGUAUGCCGGUUUCCCGAAUACCCCAAGCUCCCCGAGCCCAGCACUCAUGAGCCCUUGCAGCUGGGACGCACAUGUCUGAGCCCACAGGAACGCGACAGGCACAUGCGGAAAGGCUGCUGCCUCUACUACGGAGAUCUCUGCCAUCUCCGUUCUACAUGCCCAGAGCUUACGGGAAACGCAGGGGCUCGCCAGGACAAGGGGAGACCCUGACGAGCUGUGCAGUGACUCCCAGGCUACCCAGUCACCGUCUGUCACUACCCACGACCCUACACUGGGACAACCAUCAGCACCAUAUUCAAGCCUUCGUGGACUCCGGGGCCGCGGAUAAUUUCAUUGAUCAGGACCUCGCCAGAUAAUUACAAAUCCUCUGCAUGAAAUGCCCCAUCCCUCUGCAGAUUCAAGGCCAAAGAUGGACGCCCCAUCGGCUCCGGCCAGGUGUAAUAUCAGACCAAGCCCAUUCUACUGCAGGUCGGGGUGAACCACUCAGAGACUCUUAGAUUUAUUUUGAUCACUGCUCCCGAGAACCCCCUUAUCCUAGGGUACCCCUGGCUAGCACAACAACCCACGAUUCUCCUGGCCAACGGGACACCUACUAGACUGGGGAAAUAACUGCCAGAUUAAAUGCCUAAGACCCCCACUAAGAGGCUCUCCGCGUCACCCUGCAUCCAUUGAAGCCCAAGACUUCUCCCCUCUCCCUCCCGAAUACUUCAACCUCUGGGAAGCCUUCAGUAGGAGGCAAGCCGCCACCCUCCCUCCUCAUUGACCAUAUGACUGCGCUAUAGAGCUCCUACCUGGCUCAACCCCUCCCCGGGUCGUCUUUACUCCCUCUCGGCCCCUGAAGCAGCAGCCAUGGACAACUACAUCCGGGAGUCGCUGGAGGCAGGCUUCAUUUGUUCCUCAACAUCCCCAGCCGGCGCAGGCUUCUUCUUCGUGGGAAAGAAGGAUGGGGGUCUGUGUCCCUGCAUCGAUUACAGAGGGCUGAACAGGAUUAUGAUUAAGAACUGUUACCCCCUACCCCUGAUGUCCUCCACCUUGGAGCUUGCCCAAGGGGCCCAAUUCUUCACCAAACUGGACCUCCGCUACGCUUACAAUCUGGUGAGAAUCAGGGAGAGCGAUGAAUGGAAAACUGCCUUUAACACCCCUAGUGGCCACUGAUUAUUUAGUCUUCCAAGCAUUGGUCAAUGAGACUCUUAGGGACAUGUUGAAUCGUUUCGUCUUUGUUUCCCCCAACGACAUCCUGAUCUUCUCCAAGACCCUUCUUGAACACAUCUUGCAUGUCCGCCAAGUCCUGAGAUGCCUCCUGCAGAGUCAGCUGUACAUCAAAAUUGAGAAGUGUGAGUUCCACAUAUGCCAAGUCUCAUUCCUGGGCCACAUUAUAAUUUUUUUUUAUCUCUACCGCCGGCAUCUAAAUGGACCCCGUAAAGGUUAAGGCGGUCACCGACUGGCCCCGUCCCGCCUUACUCAAACAAUGCCAGCGGUUCAUCGGGUUUGCAAUUUUUACAGAUGUUUUAUAAGCAACUUUGGUGUGGUGGCAGCGCCACUCACAGCCCUAACCCAUCAAUCCCAGACCCAGUUUUGCUGGACACCCAAGGUUGACAGGGCAUUCGAGGGGCUCAAGGGACGUUUCACUUCCAGACCCAUCCUCGUUCAUCCUGAUUCUGCUCGUCCCAUCGUGGUAGAGGUGGACGCCUCGGAUACCGGAGCAGGGGUGGUCCUUUCACAGCGGAACAAGGGGGACAGGAAACUGCACCCAUGUGCCUUUCUCUCCAAGCGGUUCUCGCCAGUGGAACGCAAAUACGAUGUAGGCAACCGGGAGCUCUUGAGACCACGGUCCAACAAGCUCAGACCCGAGAACCUGACCCCGGUGGGGGUCCCACUAACAGCCCGUUCUCGAGUACUACAAUGGGGACACUCCUCUAAAUUAAUUUGGCAUCCAGUGGUUAAUCAGACACUGGAGUUCCUUAGGUGGAAAUUCUGGUGGCCCAACAUGAUUGAGGAUGUGAGAUCCUUUCUUACGACCUGCUCCAUCCGUGCCCAAAGCAAGUCCUCACGACCUGGCUGGGUUGCUCCAACCUUUGCCCAUCCACAACUGGCCCUGGUCCCACCUGUCCCUAGACUUGAUCACGGGGUUACCUCCAUCCCAAGGGCUUACCACUAUCCUGGUGGUCGUCGAUCGGUUCCCCAAGGCAGCCCAUUUCAUCGCACUACCCAAGUUCAAGUGUCAGUUCGGGUUGCCCCCCCCCCCCCCCCCCCAUUUCCUGAACAAGAGGCCGAAGCGGGGGUGCCCUCAGCAGAGGCGUUCAUUCAACGAUUUCGCUGCACCUGGACCAGAGCGCGAUCCUCCUUGCUCCACUCCUCUGUCCGACAACAACACCAGGCAAACCGGCACCGAAGGCCCCUGCGGCUCCUCUAACCGGGUCAACGGGUGUGGCUGCCCACCCGUGAUCUCCCCUUAAAAGUAGACUCUCGGAAUCUUGCUCCACGCUACAUGGGACCAUUCAAGAUCCUGAGUCGCAUCAACCCGGUCACCUAUCGUCUCCAGCUCCCCAGGUUAAUGAGAGUCUGUCCAUCCUUCCAUGUCUCAAGCUUGUAAGGACCAGUCCCUCUCUCCCCCCACACCUACCCCUCCACCCUCUCAACUUGUUGGCGGCUGCCCGGACUACACUGUCCGUCGUCUGUUGGAAGCACGUCGGGUCCGGGGCACCCUGCAGUACCUGGUGGACUGAGAGGGCUACGGCCCGAGGAGCGGGCGUGGGUGCCUGCCCGGACAUCCUGGACCCGGAAUUUGUUAGGGACUUCAACCAAUGACUUGGUGGUCACCCUGGAUCCACGGCUGGAGCCGCUCCUAGAAGGGGGGUACUCUCAUUGUCCCACCUGUCACCAGAGGGAGGCAGAGAGCUGUCAUGGUUCCACCUGUCACCAGAGGGUGGCAGAGACUGCCCUAAAGACUAUUAUGACACUCAGGUGUUUUCUAUUACUAAUUAUGAUUCCCUUUUAAGAGGUGUGUUUUCUGUUACCCUUUGCAGAAGCUUGAUUAGUUUGCUGUGUGCAUUUGUCUCCUAAGUUUUUGAGCCCUAGGGUUUGUUGUUUUCCCAGUUUUACUUUAAACCUACUUUUUAACUUUUUCCCAGUAAAAUAUUUACGUUUAUUCUAAGCCACUGGUUCCUCGUCUGGUUCUCUUUUCUGCUCCUGGGUCCUACCUCAUCAUGUCACAAUAGGCUCCUGCUCCUAUUAGCCACUCUGGUUCACACAAGCCAAGGCUUACUAGGUCAGUCCAACACAACAUUCUUCUGUCUUGUCUUGUCUAUCCGUGAGGGGUGUGUUCAUGAUACGAAAGCUUUAUUAAAGCUUUUCUCUGCUUCAAUGGAUGGAGAAAUCUCACUGUUAUCUCUCUCACGUCUAUCCUCUCGCUUGCUCUCUCUCCACAGAAUCUCAUGGGAUGGAUCUGUUUGCGGUAGCAGUGCAUGAGUUUGGUCAUGCUAUUGGCCUGGCCCACACCUCAGCCAUAGAGUCCAUCAUGAGGCCGUACUACCAGGGUCCUGUGGGGGACCCACUCAAGUACGACCUCCCCUAUGAGGACAAGGUCCGUGUCUGGCAGCUCUACGGUACGUUCUCCAGCUUUCCUCUACUAUAACCAACGUUUCUCUUUCUCUUCUCCCCCUCUCCAUCUCGCAUAUUCCAGUCAUCUCCCUCUCCACCAAUCUUUCCUAUUUCAGUCAUCUUUAUCCUUCGCUCCACACAUCUGAACACCUCUUGCUACUUCUCCAUAACUCUUCUGUACCUGCCCCCCCACACGCCUACCCCACUUACACUAGACACCGAUCACUGGACUGGCAUCCUGCCAUCCCUUCUAUGUACACAUGCUGUGCGGAAAAUCCUAGAGAUAUACAUUAGCUGUCUAAUGUACAGGUGCAGACCGCCCGCUCUCCCACCCACCACCACCCCUCAACCACUCACUGCAAAUGUCUCCUAUAAUUACCCAUGAUUCCUAGUGGGACGUGGCCGCCCAUCACUCAGCGCGACACGGCGGUACAGAGCAGGAAACCCAAGGCCUCGACACAGGAAGCAAAAUGUAUUUGUUUAUAUGCAGGGAUUAUUAAUUUAAUUAGCUUGCUGGUUACAGUGGCAGGGAGUGGAGAGAGGGCUUUAAUUGGUCAUCCCUGUGGCACAGGCCCUGCUUAUCACCUCGUGCCAUGCUACUGAGAGAGGGAGGAGAGUAUAGGAAGACAGAUACUUGAGGGGCGACGAGAGGAAGACUGAUAGGUGAGAGGGGAUAAGGGGCUGGGGGAGAAGGGAAGAGACUUGAGUUAGCGGGCAAGGUAGGACAAAGAAGAAAGGGAGGGUGAGAGAGUGGGGAGAGAGAAAAGGAAGGGAAGGAGGGAGAAAACAUGUUGAAUCAUGCUGGGGCUGUAUAGCUGCGUUUACACAGGCAGCCCAAUUCUGAUCUUUUGCCCAAUUAUUGGCAAAAGAGCUGAUCUGAUUGGUCAAAAGACCAAUUAGUGAAAAAAAUAUCAGAAUUGGGCUGCCUGUGUAAACGCAGCCUAUGUUUUGAAUAUCUGAAUGUGGGGUUGUGUGUCAAGGUGCUGUUGACUUGACCCUUGCCCUUUCAUCUUUCCCAGGGGUGAGAGAUUCAGUGUCUCAUACGGCCCGUCCUGAUGAUCCCUCCCAGACCGCUGACCCACCUGUACUACUGGACCUCCCUGAGAACAGAUCUAUUGUCCCGUAAGUCACACAUAUACUCACACACUCACAUGGACACAUAGGCAGACACAUUAAAUCUACACACCCCUGUAUACCUCCAAACUGAAGCUCAGAAACUUCCAGACCUAUUUUCUCUCCCUCAGUUGUCUAUCUGUCCUGGAGGUCAGCGAAUUUGGACAUUGUCACAAUGCCGCAGCAGUGAGAGAUAGCAGUCCUUAUUUCACCUUGUUCCCCAGUCACAGUAAAAUACAGCCGAGUGUGUGCUCAGAGUACAAAAUGAAUCCAUUUAUACCACACCCAGUCUCCAGAUGACAGCACUCAACACCAAGUGUCAGAACAGAAGCACCGAACAAAUAAUAGAUUUUCAUAAUUGACUCGUAGCAAGUGGAUACUUUGUCCUCUUUUAUGUUAACUUUUUUUCUCCCCUGUGUAGCUUUCCCUUCUCAUUUCUCCUCCACUCCAUCUUGCUGGAUGAUGUGUGGAGAAGGUGGAUUUAGCCUGACAAAGGUCACUAAUAUAGUCGUCUCUGCGCAGCUCCUCUGUUAAUAAGCCCUGAAUAGAAAUCUUUGUUAAUAAGGAUCUAGGCGAGUAGCGUCUCACAAAAGCAGCCCUGUCGUGGUAAUUGACUCGUCAUUUGCAGCCAGGACACGUCAGGCGCUUAACUCGGUCGUUAGCACUGGGAUAAUGUGUGUGAGGACCUCGGUCUCCUGCGUCAGGACGAUAACAUCUCCUCUGAUGUUUGGCUUGUUUUUUAAUUGACACGCAUACGCAGUAAAUAAACACACAAAUAUAGUGUGCAUGGGCGUUUUGCACACAUAUUAGUGACACGUACACACAUUACGUCUGACUGGGAUAGAGAAGUGUGUGGUGUACAUUCUGUUAGUUUCUUAAUUUUUUUUUCUUUCGCUUUUCUCUCUUUCCUCUUUCCUCUCUCUCUUUCUCUUUUGUCGUAGUAUGUCUGUCUGUCUGUCGUGUCAGUUUGUCUUCUGUUUCGUAUGUAGUAUGUCUGUCUGUCUGUCUGUCGUUGUCUGUUGUCUGUCAUAUGUCUGACCAGUCCUGAUUCUUAUGAGUCCAUGUCCUGUCCUCUCUCAGUCAAGGGAUUGUCUAGGGUCUUACAAAUCUGUACGUCUAUGGUCAAUCUUUGUACUGUCAAACCUGUAAGGGAAUUCUGUUGUCUUCUCUGUUUGUUUGUCUAUACUGUCUUUCUUGUCUUCUAUUUCCUUAGGAGUAUGUCUGCGUCUGCGGGUAGAAGAUGUGUCUUUGGUCGGCUAGAUUCCAGGUUCUGUCAGUAGCUGCUCAAGUCUGUAGUCUGUUGUCUAGGUCGACCUGGUGGACCGACAGUCUGUCUGUCUUCAGGUCUGUCAUGAACUAGCAUGGUCGUGUGGCAGUCGGAGUUCCGUUUAUACCAUUGUUAUGUACUGAAAGGAUGUUGUCUGUAUUUAAGUUUCUGGUUGUGGGGUCGGUCUGAACGUUGUCUGAGAAAACAUGAAAAGGUUUCUGUACUGUUUUGUACUUAAAAUGUACCCAUGUCUGAAGAUAUUGUAAUGUACCCAUGACAAAUGUACGUGGUUCUUCAUAUGUUGUAACAAGGUAAUGUAAGACCAAAAGCCAAAACAUGGUUAGAAAUUAAUUUGUACAUGGAUGGGUCAUUGAUGGGAUGGGUUAUUUCCAGAUGCAUCCUAGUUUAAGCAGGGGGGAGAAUUUGUUAUUGGUUCGUACUGACGAUUGCUACUGAUGGUAUGGGUUUGGAGGGUAGUUUUACGGUUGUGGAGGAGAGGGUUAAGAUAAUAAGUUACGAGCAGAAAAGGGAGCCUAAGCUUGGGACGAACGGAAAGACAGGCAGUAGGUUAGAAACGGCUGAUGAGGAGGAGGGAGGGACGGGAUGGUAGGGAGGGCGGGAGGACGGGAGGCGGAGAGGAGGGAGCGGAGGAGGGAGGGAGGGAGGAGGGAGGGAGGGAGGGAGGGAGGCAGGGAGGGGGAGGGAGGGGGGGAGGGGGAAGGGGAGGGGGGGGGGGAGGGAGGGGGAGGGAGGGGAGGAGGGAGGGGGGAGGAGGGGGCAGGGCAGGAGGGAGGCAGGAGUGGGAGGGGGAGGGAGGGGAGGGAGGGGAGGGAGGGAGGGAGGAGGUGAUGGGGAUGGGAGGACGGGGGAAGGACGGGGAGGGCGGGAUUGGGGAGGGGCGGGGGGAGGGGAGGGAGUGGGGGAGGGGGGAGGGAUCUUGAUUUCGGGGAAUGGGAGGGAGGGAGGGAGGGAGGGCUCGGUUGCUUCUUUGUCUUUCUUUAUUUCUUGUUCUUGCUUUAUUUCGGCUUUCUGUCGUUUCUUCUUCUUCUUUUUUUCUUCUCUUUCUUUCUUUCUUUUUUCUUUCUUUCUUUCUUUCUUUCUUCUUCUUUCUUCUUUCUUUCUUUCUUUCUUUCUUUCUUUCUUUCUUUCUUUCUACUUACUUACUAUACUUACUUACUUAUGCCGGCACGAGAUGCCCCUAACAGGUGCACCAGUCACUUCGAUGCAGUGGCCCAGAUUCGUGGAGAGGCCUUCUUUUUCAAAGGUACAGAGAGAGAACAGAGUGUGGCUCUGCCUGCGAUCAAUAUAGAACCCAGCCAAGCAUAUCUCUCAGAGUUCCACACACACCUUCACACUCCCAAGACAAGGGAUAGCCCUAGAGGGGCUUACAAACACACACUCACUACUGUGCACAAUCUUGUACAUACAAACACUUAAAGAGAGAGAAUUACUUUGUAUUUCCUCUUUUUUCUUUUCUUACUACUUUUCUUUACUUUCUACUUUCUCUAUUUUCCUCCUAGGGAAGUACUUCUGGCGUCUGACGCGGGAGAAGCACCUGGUGUCUCUGCGUCCGGCUCAGAUCCACAGGUUCUGGAGAGGCCUGCCUACCAACCUGGACAGUGUGGACGCUGUCUACGAGAGACCUGGGGACCACAAGAUCGUCUUCUUCAAAGGUACAUAACUCAUAAACUCAGCCAUGGUCGUGGUGGAGGCAGGGAGGUCCAGGUAUUAUACCAACUAUGUUAUGUUAACUAUGAAAGGAAGUGUUUUGUUGUAAUUUAAAGGUUUUUCAUAUGUUGGGGCUGGUCAAACGAACGUGUUCUGAGAAACACAUGAAAAGAGGUCUAUCAUGCUACAUCCAUUUUUGGACUUAAAAAUGUACCAAUUGAUUCUUGAAGAAUAUAAUGUACCCCAUCAGAACCCAAAAUAUAAGCUUGGUUCACUCUAAUGUUUGUAAACAAAGUAAAUGUAAACACCAAAUAGCCUCAAAACAUGGUUAAAACUAUAAUUUGAUAUCAUGGAUGGUCAGUCCUUGAAUUUCAGAGUGGUUACAUUUCUCCAGCUGCAUCCCUCAGCUUUUUUACCAAAACAGGGGUGGGGAAACACUUUGUUAUUGUUUCUACUGCUGAUUGCUACUUUAAUGUGUCAUCAUGGGCUUUGGAGGGUGUUUUUGACGGUUUUAUGGAUGACAGAGGGUUUAAAAUAUAAUCAAGAUUACUAAAGCACAAAACAAGGACACCUCUUACACUUCUUGGUACAAACCUGUGAAAAAAAUACACUACCAGUCAAAAGUUUUAGAACACCUACUCAUUCAAGGGUUUUUCUUUAUUUUUACUAUUUUCUACAUUUAUAGAAUAGUGAAGACAUCAACUAUGAAAUAACACAUUUGGAAUCAUGUAGUAACCCAUUUUUUUUUUUAAACAUAUCAAAAUAUAUUUGAGAUUCUUCAAAUAGCCACCCUUUGCCUUGAAGACAGCUUUGCACACUUGACAUUCUCUCAAACAGCUUCACCUGGAAUGCAUUUCCAACACUCUUGAAGGAGUUCCCACAUAUGCUGAGCACUUGUUGGCUGCUUUUACUUUACUCUGUGGUCCGACUCAUCCCAAACCAUCUCAAUUGGGUUGAGGUCGGGGGAUUGUGGAGGCCAGGUCAUCUGAUGCAGCACUCCAUCACUCUCCUUCUUGGUAAAAUAGCCCUUACACAGCCUGGAGGUGUGUUGGGUCAUUGUCCUGUUGAAAAACAAUUGAUAGUCCCACUAAGCCCAAACCAGAUGGGAUGGCGUAUCGCUGCAGAUUGCUGUGGUAGCCAUGCUGGUUAAGUGUGCCUUGAAUUUCACAUUUACAUUUUAGUCAUUUAGCAGACACUCUUAUCCAGAGCGACUUACAGUUAGUGAGUGCAUACAUUUUUCAUACUGGCCCCCCGUGGGAAUCGAACCCACAACUCUGGCGUUGUAAGCGCCAUGCUCUACCAACUGUGCUACAGGAGGCCCAGUAAAAUAAAUCACAGUGUCACCAGCAAAGCACCACCACACCAUAACACAUCCUCCUUCAUGCUUUACGGUGGGAAAUACACAUGCGGAGAUCAUCCGUUCACCCACACCGCGUCUCACAAAGACACAGCGGUUGGAACCAGAAAUCUCCUAUUUGGACUCCAGACCAAAGGACACAUUUCCACCAGUCUAAUGUCCAUUGCUUUUGGUCCAAGCAAGUCUCUUCUUAUUGGUGUCUUUUAGUAGUGGUUUCUUUGCAGCAAUUCAACCAUGAAGGCCUGAACAGUCUCCUCUGAACAGUGGAUGUAGAGAUGUGUCUGUGACAUGAACAUUUAUUUGAGCUGCAAUUUCUGAGGCUGGCAACUCAAAUGAACUUAUCCUCUGCAGCAGAAGUAACUCUGGGUCUUCCAUUCCUGAGAGCCAGUUUCAUCAUAGCGCUUGAUGGUUUUUGCGACUGUACUUGAAGAAACUUUCAAAGUUCUUGAAAUGUUCCGUAUUGACUGACCUUCAUGUCUUAAAGUAAUGAUGGACUGUUGUUUCUCUUUGCUUAUUUCAGCUGUUCUUGCCAUAAUAUGGACUUGGUUUUUUACCAAAUAGGGCUUCUGGAUACCCCCCCCUUCCUUGUCACAACACAACUGAUUGGCUGAAACGCAUUAAGAAGGAAAGAAAUUCCACACAAUUUACUUUUAAGAAGGCACACCUGUUAAUUGAAAUGCAUUCCAGGUGACUACCUCAUGAAGCUGGUUGAGAGUGCCAAGAGUGUGCAAAGCUGUCAUCAAAGCAAAGGGUGGCUAUUUGAAGAGUCUCAAAUAUAAAAUACAUUUUGAUUUGUUUAACACUUUUUGGUUACUACAUGAUUCCAUAUGUGUUAUUUCAUAGUUUUGAUGUCUUCACUAUUAUUCUACAAGGUAGAAAAUAGUAAAAAUAAAGAAAAACCCUUGAAUGAGUAGGUGUUCUAAAACCUUUGACCGGUAGUGUAUAUAUCUCUGUCUGUAUUUUAAAGUCAAUUGAAUAGUUUAAUCACAAAACACAUUUAAUCACAAGUCACUUUCAUUCAGUUGAGUUAUUAAAUUAAACAAGCGAUCCAGUUCACUCUAGUUGAUUGACGUUCCUUUGUCCCGCCUCCUCAGGACUGAAGUAUUGGAUAUUCAAGGACAACAACGUGGAGGAGGGUUAUCCUCGGCCAAUCAGUGACUUCGGCCUGCCUAUGGAGGGCGUGGACGCAGCCUUCGUGUGGCUCCACAACUACAAGACUUACUUCUUCAAGGACAACCGCUACUGGCGCUAUGACGACCAUCUACGGCGUAUGGAUCAGGGCUACCCCAAAGACAGCACACUGUGGAAGGGGGUCCCGCCCCAACUAGACGACGCCAUGCGAUGGUCUGACGGUGAGUAUUAGACAGACACACACACAGAUCAACAUGCUAAACAUACACAUUUACUCUAAAAUACACACUCCAUAUACACAUAUAGCUCACUUCUAAAAACGAAAUACAAGCUGAAAUUCUUACACAUUCAGUACACUACACUUGACAGUACACCAAAAUAAUGGAAGCAGUAGUAAAAAAGAACACAAAAAGAAUAGAGUACCUGAGUGUAUGUCAUUCAUGCCUGCCCUCAGGGUCCUGACAGGUCUACUUCUACAUUACAUCCACUACUAGCCCACACUGGGUCCUUUUCGUCUCCCCCCUCCCUGCCCUCUAACUCUCUCAGACUGGAGACUAAUCUAGUCAAAAACAGCCCAGGUCAUUGAUCAGUCAAGCCUGCCUAAACCACCGUCCUGGUGGAGCCUGCUGUGCAUUCUAAAGCCCUCAAUGCAGACGGCCCCUAACAGGUCAUUUGAUAUUGUCUUUUGAUCUGGAGUGUGGUCUGGGAAUUAUAGGUCAGUGUCCCAAAUGGCACUAUAUUCCCUAUUUAGUGCACUACUUUUAACCAGGGCCUAUAGGGCUCUAGUCAAAAGUAGUGCACUGUAUAAGGAAUGGGGUGUCAUUUGGGAUGCAACCAUAGUGUUUCCAUUGCCGAGCCCGUGUUUUCAUUGUUGGGUUGUCAUGGCAGCAAUCGCCUGCAGCUGAGAUGUGUGUGUCUGUGUGUGCAGGAUGGUGCUAGGGCAUCAUGUCCCAGCUAUUGCACAGCACUAUUCAUGCCUAUUUCAGAGUCAGACCCUAAGCAGUGGAGGGCCAGUCUAACAGUAAUUCAAGUACACUCACAGUCUGACACAUUGGUCAAUCAAAUCCCAACAAAGCACACAUGCAGUAUACAGCCCUCACCUCUCACACAAACUCAAGCACACACACAAACAAGCAUAUACUGUAGCUACAAACACAUAGAACAGCUUAUCAAACAUAUGCAAACAGUAUAGUGACCACAAGUUAUCAAAACCCCUUCUUCAGUAGCACACACAGCCAUUUUACACACUCACUCUACAGUGCAUAAACACACGCAUGGCCAGCUCCAGCCCAGUCUCCACAUGAGCCAGUUAGAUCCUUUCUCCCCUGUAGCGACUCCUGUGGCUGAGUGUAUGUAAGCGCUUUCCUUCGUCAUGUGCUGGGCUCUGUACCGCUGCCAACUCUAGAGGUCCUGCUCGGAGCUGUUUGAUGUGUGUGUGAGCACAGGCCACACGCACAAAUGACAGUCUGAGCCACAAGAGGAUACAUACAUACAUACACGUGGACCCUGGGGGCCUGGGAACUGGAAGCACGUCAAAGACCUCAGGAAGAAAGAGUGCGGAGAGAGGUGGAUGUGGUGACAGGGAAGGAAAGAGAGGGAGAGAUGGUGGUGCUAGGGAGGAUGAGAGCGAGGGAGGGAGAGAUAGCGGCUUGGAGAGAGAGGAGACAGCUAGACAGGGAAUGACAGAGAUUAAGGAGGGGGGGAAAGAAUACAUAUGAGAGAGGAAGAGAAGGAGAGUUUGUUGUGGAAAAAUGAACUGGUGAAUAGCGAGAGAGGGACUGGUAGGAAAACAGCGCGACAGAAUCAAGCGACAUUGAUGUAUUAGCAUAGCAAAAUAAAUCAUCAUCACACCCUCUUUCUCACUGAUGCAGCCUCUUUGUCCUCUUCUUUUCACUAAGGCUCCUCAUACUUCUUCAAGGGGAAGGAGUACUGGCGUGUGGUAGGCAGUGAUAUGGAGGUGGAGGCCGGGUACCCACAGCCCAUAGGAAAGGACUGGCUGGUGUGUACAGAGAUGCAGUCGGACUCCCCAGCCACAGAGGCCAAUAACACGGCUAACACGCGGCUACACGGGUCAGCACCACGCCGACCAUGCCGAAAAUGGCUACGAGGUGUGCUCCUGCACCUCCGACUCGGCCUCGCCCUUUGGAGCCCAGCCCUCGCCCUCCCCCCUCUGGCUGCUCGCCCUUCUCUUGACUCUCUCUGGGGUACUAUCCUACGUCCCUCUAUG